UUUUCCUUUUCCUCUCAGCUUCCCCGCUUCUCUCGUAGGAAUGCGAUAGACUAGGGCUUCUCCGCCUCCCGGGCCUCCAGUAGUAUUCGUCCCGGUGGCCAGUCCUCUCUCUCCUGUCCGAGCCAUUGCCAAAGGAGGAGCCAGUCCGAUCUGGAGACAGGAAGAUGUCUCUAUUAGCUUCCCAAAACUCAUUGUUGGGAUUUCGGAACACAUGAAGAAAGUUGCAGUGUUUUCCUCUUGGACAUUGUUGUAUUUCAAAUAAGCCACAAAUUGCCAUUUUCCAUCGGGUCACGGGGCAGAAUUCGCACCGAAGCUGCCGUCCUGCGUACCAUCGUCCGUUAAACAGAGAAAGGGCGGCUUGGCAUUCUUCUUCCGAUUGAUACUGAACGUACACGUUGCCCCUCAGGUGAGGUUCGAAGUUGCAGCUGACCUUGAACUGGAUCACUUUCCCCACGCUCCUGAACUCGGGCAGCACGUCAUCAUAGAAGUCCAGGAAUUGCUGCUGCUAUAAGGCAUCAAAAAUGAAAAUACAGAAGUGGAUUACAUAGUGUCAGAGACGUGGUGCUCCAAGCACUCUAAUAAACGCAAAUAAAUACCCACACGGUUCUGGAGAAAUCACUCAGGCUGUUUGGAACAGGUGCUUUGUACAGCAUCAUGAGAUACUUUAGUCCUGCCUUCCCAGUUCUGCGCCCUGCACAAGCAGUUUUGAAAAAUUAAGUGCAAAAAGCAUGACAAAGCAAUAUGAGGUUGCCGUGACGGCAACUCCAAACUAACAUGGCAGUCAGACUGUGUGAUGUGGCUUCUCUGCUUAGAAGUGGUUCGUGGGCAGCAGAGCCUUGGACUGGGCAGGUAAUUGCUGCCAUGGAAACACAACUGUCUAAUGGGCCAACUUGCAAUAACACAGCCAAUGGUCCAACCACCAUAAACAACAACUGCUCCUCACCGGUUGACUCUGGGAACACAGAGGACAGCAAGACCAACUUAAUAGUCAACUACCUUCCUCAGAACAUGACACAGGAGGAACUAAAGAGUCUCUUUGGGAGCAUCGGUGAGAUAGAGUCCUGUAAACUUGUAAGAGACAAAAUAACAGGGCAGAGCUUGGGAUAUGGCUUUGUGAACUACAUUGACCCUAAGGAUGCAGAGAAAGCUAUCAACACCCUGAAUGGAUUGAGACUUCAAACCAAAACAAUAAAAGUUUCCUAUGCUCGCCCAAGUUCAGCUUCUAUCAGAGAUGCGAAUUUGUAUGUCAGUGGACUUCCGAAAACAAUGACCCAGAAGGAGUUGGAGCAGCUUUUUUCACAAUAUGGACGCAUCAUUACUUCUCGUAUUCUUGUUGACCAGGUCACUGGCAUAUCAAGGGGUGUAGGUUUUAUUCGAUUUGACAAGCGAAUUGAGGCAGAAGAAGCUAUCAAAGGCCUAAAUGGCCAGAAACCGCCUGGUGCCACAGAGCCAAUCACUGUAAAGUUUGCUAAUAAUCCAAGCCAAAAAACCAAUCAGGCCAUCCUUUCCCAGCUGUACCAGUCUCCAAACAGAAGGUAUCCAGGACCACUAGCUCAGCAGGCACAGCGUUUUAGGUUGGACAAUCUGCUCAAUAUGGCUUAUGGAGUAAAGAGUAGGUUUUCUCCAAUGACCAUUGAUGGAAUGACCAGUUUGGCUGGAAUUAAUAUACCUGGGCACCCAGGAACAGGGUGGUGUAUUUUUGUGUACAACCUGGCUCCUGACGCAGAUGAGAGUAUCCUGUGGCAAAUGUUUGGGCCUUUUGGAGCGGUCACCAACGUGAAGGUCAUCCGUGACUUUAACACCAAUAAAUGCAAAGGUUUUGGAUUUGUGACUAUGACCAACUAUGAUGAGGCCGCCAUGGCGAUAGCUAGCCUCAAUGGAUACCGUCUGGGAGACAGAGUACUGCAGGUCUCCUUUAAGACAAACAAAACGCACAAAGCCUAAUGAGCUCUUGUCCUCAGUCCAUUUAUAUAUGAAAACUAUACAACAAAGGCAAGUUAAGAGAAACUUUAUACAUUAGUAAAUGUCUUUGUAAGUCAGUGUUGAGAUGGGGAUAAAACGACUACUUAGCAUCCUAAGAAAUAUGUGAGAUUUUUUAUUGCUAGUAUUUGAAUUAAAACUUCUUAAAUAUCUUUUAUGUUUGAAUAUGGACAAGAGGUACAGGGUUUUUACCUGUCACAUUGCAUUCUAUUGCCUUCUUUGAAGAAGGUGGACCUUUUAAAGUGUUUCAGCUAAGGGAAGACAUUUCUUUUCUUUUUACAUAACUGCCUUGAACCUGUGAGUAAAUAUUGAGGCUUUGUGUUGUAAUUCUUCAGUUGGUUGUGUCUUUUUUUCCCCCUUUUAUUUCUUUUCCUAAUUAGCUUUGUGUUUGGUUUACAUUUAAAGCAUUACUGUUAUGUCUAAGAAAAGUAUUUUGAAGUUUACAUUUUUAUUUAUGAAGUUAAAAACAGUAUUUAUUUUGUAAUUAUGAUUUGGGUUGGGGAAGGGGGGGGCUACAUUAUAAACGCUUAUUGUAAGAAUACUGGAGAACUUUUCGUAAAGCAGUACCUUGCCAAAGAGAUAAGAGCCUCUUUGAUGUGGGUUUAAAAAAAGCAUCUAUUUUUAUAAAAAAGAAAAUUUGGAGAAACUUUUUACUGGUCCUGGAACAAAUAUUUUGACUUGAAUACUUUGAGAAAUCUCUUCAUAUGACACCUAGUGAGCUUUUAAAAUUUACCAGGAAAUUUGCAGUGGUUGGAAAAUUUAGAAAGAUUUAUGAUGUAGAAAAACUACUUUUGAGAUCUUUGUAUGAAAGGAGUAGAAUCAAUGGGGGAAACACUGCUGGUUUCAUUUUUGUAAUCACCAGUGGAGCGUCUGAUCAUCCUGGUUAUUAUGUGAUAGGUGGCUCACAUUGAUUUGUGAUUUUGAAACAAAUAAAAAAAAUUUACAAAAGAAUAUAUAAGAGCAGGCAAGAAAUUUAAAUUACCAAGAGAUGGGGGAAAAAAAAAUCUGUUCUUCCUAAAGAAAUCCCUUCAGAUAGAGCUCAUGGUGUUUAGUGAUGUACUUGCAGUAUUGUUUGAAGAAUUGUUUUGUCUUAAGGAAAAAAGAUGUUGCACAUGAUUUGUACUGCAGCAAAUCGGCAAAAGUGAUCUGAGUUGGAUAUAUUUGAAGGUAUUUUGAAAGUUACGUUCAAGGCUAACACCUGAGCUUUGUGUAAUGUAAAUAAGACCUUGUGUUAUUGAACCUUUCAGCUAAUUUGAUUUUUUUUUUCCCUUACAUGCCAAGUGAUGUUCAGGUUUUGAAUGUUUUUGUAUCAGUUUUUUCCUUUGUAAAUGGCAUUAACAUUGUUACUUGAGGUCUUGCUUAAUCACUUUCGUUGUCCUGAGGACUUGAAUUUACAGUGCAUCAGAUUUGUUGCUAAUUUUGUCUGUAGAUAGUCUAGCUUCAGCUGUUUAUGGUGAUGCUACAUUUUCGUUUAUAAAUAUGUUUGUGGUAAAAAAAAAAUGAGUAUAACCAUAGGUUUUGAACAAAUUUCCUUACAUUUUUCAUACAAAAAUCAUAAAUAUCUGUAUGCUACUGAAAUUUAACUUUGUAUGAUGCUUAAACCACUAUUUGGGGAAAUAAUAAAAUAAGUCUUUACCAUGUAUGAAAGAAAUUUUAAAAAAUACAAAAUAUUUUCUGAUUAGCAUCUAGCUUAUAAUAAAUUUUCAAAAAAGCUGAAGGCAAAAAUGCCUUCAUCAGGAUGCACUGAGAACUAUAUAGUUACGUCCUGCUUUUUGUAUAAACUGAGAUGCUCACAUGCUUCCCCUUAGAACAGGCAAUGUGCUAUGCAUAACAUAGUUGUACAUUAUCUUUGCGGUUGCGUUGAAUUUUAUUUUUUAUUAUUUAAAAAUUGUAGUUAUAAAAUUUUUCAGUAUAGUACAGUACAUAUACUGUGAGGCGCGUGCUAAAGUGAAUAAGCGAGUUUUCAUGCUGACCCACUCAAUGCUAUUCAGAAAUCAAUUGGCUUAGCACUUUCUCAUAUCCUUAGGUGCAUUUAGAUUGUCAGAGUUAACCUUCUGCGUUUAAAAAAAAAAAAAACUAAAAAACAAAAUACAUGUAUAUACUUAAAAAAAAAAAAUAAGGUUUCCCUCACGGGAAAACAGCAGCUACGUGCUUCUUUCCUAUACUACUGUAGCAAACCAAGGCAUUGAUGAGAGGGCAUGCAAAUUGUGCUUCACUUUACAGUGUUUAUCAGAGCACUUAAUAAAAUGUAAGGCUGGUAUUUAUUUGAAGUUGUACAGUAUGACUUAAUUCACAUCUGUUGGAAUAGAAAAUAUAUUCUGUUGAGUAUUUAAGAGGCUGUACAUGUUUUCUUUUGUGUUUGGAUUCUUUGUACUUUUUCAUGUUCAGUACAUCAAUAAACAAAGUUGAAGGGAAAGAA